AUGACCGGUCGUCUGAUAUUCAGCCGGUCGAUCGGCAAACGUGAGAACGGCAGAAGGCUGUCGUUGAGCGAGACGAAUGACCUUGUGUGUCCCAUUCAACACAACAUAACAUACUUCCACGAUCCCGUUAUCGACAUAGUGUUAACGAAGUGUCUAUUCAAUUACAUAGUCGAUUCGAUAGGCUACGAUGAUAUUUUAUUUGAAGAACCAGAAGAAAUCUGGUAA